CUGACGGGCGGCGACUGCUCCAACUCGGCCGCCGCCGCCGCCGCCGCCGCCGCCGCAGCCGCCGGGGCCUCCAGGUUCGGCUCCCGGGAGCGAGCCCCGCCCCCCGGCCGUGCCCCGCCCCCGCCCCAGAUGGGCGAGAGUCCCGGAUGUUCCCUCCUCCCGCCCUGUCUCGACGGCCCGGGCCUCUUUCGAAUCUUCUCCGGGUCCUGCGCGGCCCAGGAAGAGUCUCGCCGUCUCCUGGGUGGCUAGAGCGUCCUCCCGCGCUCUGUCGCGCUGCAGGUUGCCGAGGAGCCCAAGUAGAAGAAAUAUGGAGUUUAGAGCCUGAGAAUUUUGAAAAAUUAAAGCCAGUUCAUGGGUUGAUUUUUCUUUUCAAAUGGCAGCCAGGAGAAGAACCAGCAGGCUCUGUGGUUCAGGACUCCAGACUUGACACGAUAUUUUUUGCCAAGCAGGUAAUUAAUAAUGCUUGUGCUACGCAAGCCAUUGUAAGUGUGUUAUUGAACUGUACCCAUCAAGAUGUCCAUUUAGGAGAGACAUUGGCAGAGUUUAAAGAGUUUUCGCAAAGUUUUGAUGCAGCUAUGAAGGGUUUGGCACUGAGUAAUUCGGAUGUGAUUCGACAAGUACACAACAGCUUUGCCAGACAGCAAAUGUUUGAAUUUGAUGCAAAGACAUCAGCAAAAGAGGAAGAUGCUUUUCACUUUGUCAGUUAUGUUCCUGUUAAUGGAAGACUGUAUGAACUAGAUGGAUUAAGAGAAGGACCGAUUGAUUUAGGUGCAUGCAAUCAAGAUGAUUGGAUCAGCGCAGUGAGGCCAGUCAUAGAAAAAAGGAUACAAAAGUACAGUGAAGGUGAAAUUCGAUUUAACUUAAUGGCCAUUGUGUCUGACAGAAAAAUGAUAUAUGAACAGAAGAUAGCAGAGUUACAAAGACAGCUUGCUGAGGAGGAACCCAUGGAUACAGAUCAGGGUAAUAACAUGUUAAGUGCUAUUCAGUCAGAGGUUGCCAAAAAUCAGAUGCUUAUUGAAGAAGAAGUACAGAAAUUAAAAAGAUAUAAGAUUGAAAAUAUCAGAAGGAAGCAUAAUUAUCUGCCGUUCAUUAUGGAACUGUUAAAGACUUUAGCAGAACACCAGCAGUUAAUACCACUAGUGGAAAAGGCAAAAGAAAAACAGAAUGCAAAGAAAGCACAGGAAACCAAAUGAAGAAGAUGCUUUGGGAUGUGUACACAUUUCUGCUUUUGCACUUAUUUUCGAGGAAACCAUUAAGUAUAAAGAACUUUGAGCAACAUCCUAAUUGACUCAGCGCACGUUUGGCAGUAGCCAGUCUCUCUCAUCUUCAAUGCAUGGAUUCAUAACCUCUCCCUGCCUGCAUCAUGUGCAUGUGGUGCAUAUUAAAUAAAAGUGGUGUUCAGAGCGCUUGCCCAAAUCCCGUUAUUUGACAUUGGAUCUGAGAACUCUUGUUGGUCCUCUGGAUAGAUAACUACCAUAAUGAACCUAGAAAAUGGACAGAUGAUAUUCUAUACCUGUAAUUGUUAUAAUUAAUCUUUCAAUCUUCCAGCUUGGUUAAAUGCUUAAAAUUUAUAAAUGUCAGAUCUUGAUUAAACUGAAUCUCUUGCUUCUUCUCAUCAUUAAUGAAAAAAAUCAAUAUUUCUGUCUUUGAUAUCUAAAUAUUUUGAAGAUUUAAAACUGAAUUUUAUCUUCUAUACCAAUUAUUUGAAAAAGCUUGAUUUUAAAGCAGAUCAUUGAAAAAAAUAAAAAUAUAGUUUCUAGUGAUUUUCAUUGCUGCCAGUAGAAAAAGUAAUAAACAUCCCAAUUUUAUUUUAGCAAACUUUUUUCAGUGUUUGGGAUUAUUUAUGUAUUGUAAAAUUGUUUCAGGAAGGUGUAUUAUGCAUCAAAAUGACAUUUUAGGUUAAGAACAGAUUGUAAGUCAAAGAUUUUUGGUGUUACUCUCAGGUUGGCAACAUUUUUUCAAUCUGUUAAGCUGUAUCUUUAUAAAGAAUUGGAGGUUUAGCAA